CGGAGAUUUUGAAUUGUAUCGCGCCUGGGAAAUCGGCAUGUCUGAAAUACUAUUGUACCAUUCAACGUUUCGACCUUCUGGCCUUUGUAUAACUACCAUUUUGUACUACUAGUUUCGACUUGUUCUCAAGACAUCUCAGCGACUUCUUGCACAGUCUACAGCCCGAUUUCGAGCACUGCCACCUCUUCAUUGCCAUUGGCCCGGCGAUCUCAUAGCGCAUCGCUGCAUAUCACCCGACUUGGAGAAGUCGCUUCUGCAACCAUUCAGCCAUUACCCCUCGCCUGCCCUUGAACCUUAGAGGAGGGAAACCAAAGAACAUACGAGUGUCGUUCUGUCACUCUGGUCCCUUUCUCAUUUACAACAAACCUCCAACCUCAGUUACUUUCACAAAUCAUAUCACGACAUAAUGGGCUGGCUCUGGUCCUCCCAAUCCCCCUCCAAGGGCCCGGACGACGAUACCACCACAGCACAAGCACGACCCCAAGCACCACCGGCGCCUACACAGCAGCCCGAGCCUGCCUACAGCGACCCAGAAGUCGCCAAGUUCAUGGCCGACCUCCAGGACGCAUUUGGCGGCAGCAGCAAACCGUCCUCCUCGCACUCAACAACAACAGAACCGUUCUCGAAAGCGACCUCGACGACGUCGACACCUAUCGAACAAGCCGACAACAACACAACACCACCGCCACCCCCCAGCACGACGGAUUCACCAUGGCGCUCCCUCUGGGGCCCCGCCGCACAGUCCGAGACCCCUUCGUCAUCGUCGUCGGGUGCGUACACUACUAACACAGCACCAGAGCGCGCCGCAGCGCGUCAGCGGCCACAGCAGCAUCCCGAGCGACUUGACGAGAUCUCUGAGUCGCUCCUCCCGACGACCAUGUCGUGCCGCAACGCGCUUGACGCCGCCUUCUACUGUCAGUCGCCCGGCGGGCAGUGGAACGCCGUGUACCGCGAGGGCGAGGUGCGGUCGUGCUCGGACCACUGGGAGGACCUGUGGUUCUGUAUGCGGGUGCGGGCUAUGGGGGGUAAGGUGAAGGAGGAGGAGAUCAGGAGUCACUACAGGAAGAAGGAGUUGGCCAAGUACGGGCCCGGGAGGCCGAGCAGCACGGAUGUCUGGGAGAGCCGGGAGGAGAAGGUGCAGCCUGGAACGGCGUUCACCGAGCGGUAUGACCCGCCGAACAUCAGUGACGAGGAAUGGAGGGCUUUGGAGAUACAGAACAGAAGAGCCGUGCAAGGGGCGCUUGCAAAGAAGUGAUGGGAAAGAUAAUAAGUAUACUUGGGAAUAGACAAGAGUCGUCACUCCAAACCAUCUCUAAGCCGUCGUUCGCGCACCGUAAAGACACCUAGAGCUGCAAAUGCCCAGCAAGACGUUUGCUAGGUGUUCUGCUAAAAGAAACCAGUCCGGCUAACAACCAACCCCCCUUCCUGCUGACAACCCCCCCGGUCCUUCAGCCAUAUGCAAGAUACCGCGUAUUUUGCUUGGCAGCAACAUGAUCGCUGACCGAGAAUGGAGAAUAUCAACCGCCCGUAAAUCAUGAAGCUGUACGGCGCUUGAGAAAUUGGAUCAUCAGUGCCGUGGAUGGAGUUCUACAGUAGUGUUUAAGCGAUAAUGGCGUUGCUUGCAGCACAGAUUACUAAAUGUGUUGAACAUCCACCGCGACUGGUCCGGUCCAUGCAGACAAUAAAAUACCAUACCUCUUUAUAAAUUAAGUAUUAUACUGUCAC